CGUUAUCAUUAUAAUCAUCAUUAUCACAAGAAUCAUCACUAAGUUAAUAUUUGUCAUCAUUAUAAUAUUAAAAGACUUAAUUUUCGCAUUCAUUCCAAUCUUCAAAAUGUGUAAUAGAAUUUCUUCUUUAUAAAUGAACAAUAUUCAUUUUUUAAAAUGAAGCCUAUUUAAAUAAUUUAGGAGAACAUUUAUUUAUUGCAUCAUUUAAAUCAUCUUAUAAAUGAAUUAAACCCUUAUUAUCUGGGAAUUCUUUUAAAUAGACUUAAAUACUUUCCUAAAAAGAUAUUAAUAAUAGUUUUCCUUCUUUAAAUUGUUAGUUAGUGGCUAAAUCAGUCGCUUCUUUUAUUUUUAAACCUCCCAUAGAUCUUUAAUAAGCCACAAUUAAUUCUUCGUAAAACUCUUCUUUUUUAUUAUUUAAAGCAUCCUCUUUUUCAUCCACAAACUUUACUUCUAAAAAGGCCUUUUUAUAGACUACAGACUCUUAAUUAAGUAAUUUUACUUAUAAAUUUGCUUAUAUAACAUUACUAUUAGCUUAAUUUUAAUAAUUAUUUGUAUUUUUUCCUUUAUAUUCACAUUCAAAGACGAAAAUUUUCUUAUCUCCUAAAAUUAUAAGUGGAAUUUUCAAAAUAUAAUGUUCUCCUUUUUUUUUCUCUUCAAAUUAUUAAUCUCCUGCGAAAAAAUUAACUAUAGAAAAAUUAUUAUUAUCUUAAACUUUUAUAUUAAUUAAAGCAUUUUCCCCCAAAACACUCAAAAGACCCCCUACAGACAAAAUUAACCAUUCAGAGACUUUUUUCACAUUUUCAAUAUAAUAAUACCCUCCUUUAUUUUUCUCGGCUAUAUUUCUCAUUUUAACUGCAUCAUGAUAAGACCCAUAUCCGUAUGUAUUUAUAAGGAAAUUGUCUUAAAUUUAAUAAGAAUUAAUCAAUUAUUAGGCUCUUAUGUCUAUAUUGGGUUUAUCGUCUUAUCCAUCGGAAAGUAAAAACAAACAAGUGAGUUGAUUUUUGCUUUAUCUUCCUUAAAUCAUUUAUAAUCCAGCUUGUAGACCUAAAUCUAUACGUGUAGAACCCCUGCCUUGUAUUUAUUAAAUUGCAGCUUUUAAUUCGACCUUGUUCUAGUCGUUUAUUUUCAAAAAAGGGGUCAAUAUAGUAGCUUAUUAGUCAAAACUUAUUAAACAUAUUCGGUCGUUUUAGCCUAGAAUUUUUAAUAAGUAUUUUAAUGACUUUCUUACUAGUUAGGCUUUACUAGACAUCGAGCCACUAUCGUCUAUUACGCAAACUAAAUCCAUUGGGACUUUAUUUUUUUUUUAAUUCAUGUGUGUUUUUAUACUUAUACUACAAAUAAAGUUUUUUUUUCGGUUUUUUAAAAAGUGUUUGUUUCGCUUAAAAACUAGCACUAAAUAGAAUUUUCUGCUUCUUCUAGUGUUAGUUUUUGUUGUUCUUCUUUUUAUUCUAUAGGUUAGUUUUAUAGGUUUACUUUAUCUUCACGUUUUUACAUUUAGUCGUAGUUUUUUAUAUUUUAAGAAUCUAAUUGUAUAUGGUUUUAGUUUUAAGAAGUUUAAGAUUAAGAUAUGGAUUUUUUGGGCUAUUUAGAAAAAAAUUGUUUUAGUCUAUUAA